AUGACCGAGUUUGAUCGCUCGGCUGUGGUGAUGUCGGCCCAGAUGGAGGUAGGCUCUGGUUGGUUUUUCAUCGCGAUCCUCUUCGAUCCCCGCUCCGGACAGGACCUCCUCCGGCCAAACGUCCCAACUCUGGAUCCGAGUGAGCCUAUCUUGCUCUCGAGUACUCGGAUCGAAGCCUCGUGUUCGGUCGAUCGAUCCACGUUAAACGCAGCGAUUGAUUCGCUUUACCUUCGCCUGAACCUCCUACAGACUGUCGUGGAUCGGUACGAGAGUAUGGAGGCUGCUUUGGAGCAGCGGAUGAUCCAGAAACGACAGCUGAGUGAGGACCUUAAGGAGCUCCGCACCUCCGCGUCCCCUUUCUUUCAGCUCUCCCAACGAAGUACGACCGCUUGCGCGUUCGCUAUGAAGAUGAGGUCAAGCAGUCCGAAGCGUUUCGGAAGGCGAUGGCCGACCGGGUCGACCAGACCGCCUUGA